CCCAAGCCACCUCAUCAUGCGUCCCGAGGUCGAGCAGGAGCUGUCGCACACGCUGCUCAUCGAGCUGCUCGCAUACCAAUUCGCCUCCCCCGUGAGGUGGAUUGAGACGCAGGAUGUCGUCCUCGGCGAGAAGACGACGGAGCGCAUCGUCGAAAUUGGCCCCGCAGACACACUGGGCGUCAUGGCCAAGCGCACCCUCGCCAGCAAAUACGAAGCACACGACGCUGCCCGGUCACUGCAGCGUCAGAUUCUGUGCUACAACAAGGACGCAAAGGACAUCUACUACGACGUAGACCCUGUAGAGGAAGAGCCAGAGGCGCCCGCCGCCGCCAGCGGGGGUGCUCCCGCCGCCUCCUCUGCUCCCGCCGCCUCUGCUCCCGCCGCCGCCGCCGCUGCACCACCCCCCAGCGCUGGCCCGGCGGCUCAGGUCCCAGAUGCUCCCGUCACAGCGACCGACAUUCUGCGGACGCUCGUGGCCCAGAAGCUCAAGAAGCCGCUGAUGGACAUUCCGCUGACCAAGGCCAUCAAGGAUCUGGUCGGAGGCAAGUCUACCCUCCAGAACGAGAUCCUCGGAGACCUGGGCAAGGAAUUCGGCUCGACGCCAGAGAAGCCCGAGGACACCCCUCUCGACGAGCUCGGUGCUUCAAUGCAGGCUACCUUCAAUGGUCAGCUUGGAAAACAAUCCUCCUCCCUCAUUGCCCGCAUGGUCUCGUCCAAGAUGCCGGGUGGCUUCAACAUCACAGCCGUGCGAAAGCACCUCGAGACAAGAUGGGGGCUGGCACAAGGGCGGCAGGACGGUGUUCUGCUGCUCGCCAUCACCAACGAGCCACCAGCGCGUCUGGGCUCGGAGAACGAUGGAAAGGCCUUCUUGGACGAGCAGGCCAACAAGUAUGCAUCCACUGCCGGAAUCAGCCUGUCUGCCCCGACAGCUGGCGGCGACUCUGGCGGCUCUGGCGGCGGCAUGAUGAUGGACCCUGCGGCCAUUGAUGCGCUGACCAAGGACCAACGCCAACUUUUCAAGCAGCAGCUCGAGCUGUUUGCACGAUACCUCAAGAUCGACCUUCGCGCAGGCGACAAGUCGUUUGUUGACUCGCAAAAGGCUCAGUCGGCGCUCCAGGCCCAGCUUGACCUCUGGACCACCGAGCACGGCGAGUUCUACGCGUCCGGCAUCGAGCCUCAAUUCACACCACUCAAGGCGCGCGUCUACGACUCGUCAUGGAACUGGGCUCGCCAAGACGCCCUCACCAUGUUCUACGACAUCAUUUUCGGCAAGCUCAAGGCCGUUGACCGUGAGAUUGUCAGCCGCUGCAUUGCCAUCAUGAACCGAUCGAACCCGCUGCUUCUCGACUUCAUGCAGUACCACAUCGAUCACUGCCCCACCGAGCGCGGCGAGACCUACCAGCUUGCCAAGGAGCUCGGACAACAGCUCAUUGACAACUGCAAGGAGGUGCUGAACGAGGCACCCGUCUACAAGGAUGUCGCGAUACCUACUGCGCCUCACCUGGAGAUUGAUGCCAAGGGCAACAUGAACUACGAAGAAGCCCCAAGAGCGAGUGUCCGCAAGCUUGAACACUACGUUCGCGAGAUGGCCGAGGGAGGAAAACUCUCCGAAUACGGCAACCGCACCAAGGUCCAAAACGAUCUGCAGAGGAUCUAUAAGCUCAUCAAGCAACAGCACAAGCUUUCCAAGUCGUCGCAACUGCAGAUCAAGAGCCUGUACAGCAAUGUCAUUCGCUCUCUUUCCAUGAACGAGGGCCAGAUCAUGCCCAGCGAGAACGGCAAGGCUGUCGGUGGUAAGCGAGGCCGCAACGGCCGCGUCCAUGCUUCCGCCAAGCAUGGCAAGGUUGAGACCAUUCCCUUCCUCCAUCUCAAGAGAAAGGACGACCACGGCUGGGAGUACAGCAAGAAGCUCACUGGCGUCUACCUAGACUGUCUAGAGGAGGCUGCCAAGUCUGGUGUUACGUUCCAGGGCAAAUACGCUCUUAUGACCGGUGCUGGUGCUGGUUCUAUCGGUGCUCAGGUUCUUCAGGGUCUCAUCAGCGGUGGAGCCAAGGUUGUCGUUACAACUUCCAGGUUCUCACGCGAAGUUACCGAGUACUACCAGUCCAUGUACUCCCGGUACGGUGCUCGCGGCUCGCAGCUUAUUGUGGUUCCUUUCAACCAAGGUAGCAACCAGGACGUCGAGGCCUUGAUCGACUACAUCUUCGACACCAAGAAGGGCCUCGGCUGGGACCUUGAUCUGAUUGUUCCUUUCGCCGCCAUUCCCGAGAACGGCCGUGAGAUUGACAGCAUUGACUCCAAGUCUGAGCUCGCUCAUCGCAUCAUGUUGACCAACCUUUUGCGUAUGCUUGGAGCCGUCAAGAAGCAGAAGCAGGCAUAUGGCUACGAGACCCGUCCGGCACAGGUCAUCCUGCCAUUGUCGCCUAACCACGGUACCUUCGGCAACGAUGGUCUGUACUCGGAAUCCAAGAUGUCUCUUGAGACGCUCUUCUCAAGAUGGCACUCGGAAAGCUGGGGCAACUACCUCACAAUUUGCGGUGCCGUCAUUGGCUGGACACGUGGCACUGGUCUCAUGGGCGCCAACAACAUUGUCGCCGAAGGCAUUGAGAAGUACGGUGUACGUACCUUCUCCCAGCAGGAGAUGGCCUUCAACUUGCUUGGUCUGAUGGCACCACCCAUUGUCAACCUGUGCCAAGUAGAACCGGUAUGGGCGGAUCUCAACGGUGGCUUCCAGUACAUUCCCAACCUCAAGGACCUUAUGACCGACCUCCGAAAGGAGCUCACGGAGACAAGUGACAUCCGCAGGGCCGUCAUCAAGGAAAAUGCCAUUGAGAACAAGGUUGUCAAUGGUGAGGCAAGCGAGGCGCUGUACAAGAAGGCCACGAUCGAACCACGAGCCAACAUGAAGUUCGAUUUCCCCAAGCUUCCUGACUGGGAUGCAGAGGUCAAGCCGCUCAACGAGAACCUCAAGGGCAUGGUUGAUCUUGAGAAGGUUGUUGUCGUCACUGGUUUCGCCGAGGUCGGUCCUUGGGGUAACUCGAGGACCCGCUGGGAAAUGGAAGCCUACGGCGAGUUCUCCAUUGAAGGAUGUGUUGAGAUGGCCUGGAUCAUGGGUCUCAUCAAGAACCACAACGGUCCUCUCAAGGGCAAGAGCUACUCUGGCUGGGUCGAUGCAAAGACCAAUGAACCAAUUGACGACAAGGACGUCAAGCCAAAGUACGAGAAGUACAUCCUCGAGCAUUCCGGUAUCCGCCUGAUUGAGCCUGAGCUCUUCAAUGGCUACGACCCCAAGAACAAGCAGCUCAUGCAAGAAAUCCAAAUUGAGGAAGAUCUUGAUCCCUUCGAGGCGUCCAAGGAGCUAGCUGACGAGUUCAAGAGGCAGCAUGGCGACAAGGUUGAAGUUUUUGCGAUUGAGGAAUCAGGCGAGUACACGGUCCGCAUGAAGAAGGGCGCUACUCUCCUUAUUCCCAAGGCUCUGCGCUUUGACCGUCUCGUCGCUGGUCAGAUCCCGACUGGCUGGGAUGCAAAGAAGUAUGGUGUGCCCGACGACAUCAUCUCACAAGUCGACCCCGUAACACUCUUUGUGCUUGUUUCCACCGCCGAAUGUCUGCUUUCCAGCGGUAUUACCGACCCCUACGAGUUCUACAAAUACGUCCACCUUUCCGAAGUUGGUAACUGCGUCGGUUCUGGUAUUGGUGGUACUACCGCCCUCCGCGGAAUGUACAAAGACCGCUUCAUGGACAAGCCAGUUCAGAAGGAUAUCCUCCAGGAGUCUUUUAUCAACACUAUGAGUGCUUGGGUCAACAUGUUGCUCAUGUCUUCAACUGGUCCCAUCAAGACUCCCGUUGGUGCUUGCGCCACUGCUGUCGAAUCCAUUGACAUUGGUUACGACACCAUUGUUGAGGGCAAGGCGCGCGUUUGCUUCGUUGGAGGUUUCGAUGACUUCCAGGAAGAAGGCUCGUACGAAUUCGCCAACAUGAAGGCCACUAGCAACGCCGAAGACGAAUUUGCCCAUGGUCGCACACCCAAGGAGAUGUCACGCCCUACCACGACGACCAGGAACGGAUUCAUGGAAUCUCAGGGUUGUGGUAUGCAGGUUAUCAUGGAUGCCAAGCUUGCUCUGGACAUGGGUGUUCCCAUCUACGGUGUGCUUGGUUUCACUGCUACCGCGACUGACAAGAUUGGCCGUUCAGUCCCUGCACCUGGCAAGGGUGUGCUGACAACUGCCCGCGAGACACCAUCCAAGUUCCCAUCACCUCUUCUUGACAUCAAGUACAGGAGGCGCCAGAUGGACCUGCGACGUAAGCAAAUCAAGCAGUGGCAGGAGUCUGAGAUCCUCUAUCUCCAAGAGGAGGUUGCAGCCAUGAAGGACGUUUCGGGCGAUGACUUUGACGAGGCUGCUUACCUAGAGGAGCGCGCUGCAAACAUCGAGGCCGAGGCCAAACGCCAAGAGAAGGAUGCGCUCAACAGCCUGGGCAACAACUUCUGGAAGCAAGAUCCUCGCAUCGCUCCUCUUCGUGGUGCUCUUGCAACAUGGGGUCUUACCAUUGACGAUCUCGAUGUUGCCUCUUUCCACGGUACUUCGACUGUUGCCAACGACAAGAACGAGUCUGACGUUAUUUGCCAACAAAUGCGCCACCUCGGCCGCAAGAAGGGCAAUGCGCUCCUUGGUAUCUUCCAAAAGUAUCUCACUGGUCAUCCCAAGGGUGCUGCUGGUGCCUGGAUGUUCAACGGCUGUCUGCAGGUGCUCAACUCCGGUCUCGUACCAGGCAACCGCAAUGCCGAUAACGUGGACAAGAUCAUGGAGAAGUUCGAUUACAUUGUCUACCCAUCGCAAUCCAUCCAGACGGAUGGAAUCAAGGCAUUCUCGGUUACCUCGUUUGGUUUCGGACAGAAGGGAGCCCAGGCCAUCGGUAUCCAUCCCAAGUACCUGUACGCUGCGCUUGAGCACCACCAGUUCGCUGCAUACAAGCAAAAGGUUGAGGCUCGCCAGAAGAAGGCCUACCGCUACUUCCACGAUGGCCUCAUCAACAACACCAUGUUCCGCGCCAAGGACAAGGCACCAUAUGAGGACGAGAAGAUGCAAGAGGUCUUCCUCAACCCACAAGCCCGUGUUACCAUUGACAAGAAGACUUCGACAUACACCUACCCGAAGAACUCCACCCCUGCUCCUAAGAAGGAUCAGAAAGCCCAGGAAACAAUGAAGAUGGUCGAACAGCUCACGCAAGCCACCGCCUCUGCUACUACCAAGGUUGGCGUCGAUGUUGAAAGCCUCAGCGCGCUGAACAUUGAGAACGAGACCUUCAUUGAGCGCAACUUCACCGGAAAGGAGAUUGCGUACUGCCAAAAGGCCGCUAACCCUCAGGCAAGCUUCACUGGCAAGUGGUCAGCGAAGGAGGCUGUCUUCAAGUCACUUGGUGUCAAGGGCCAAGGUGCUGGCGCUCCGUUGAAGGACAUUGAGAUUGUCAACGACGAGUCAGGGGCGCCGUCAGUUCAGCUGUACGGCAAGGCUGAUGAAGAAGCCAAGCGUGUUGGUGUCAAGAGCAUUAACAUCAGCAUCAGUCACUCGGACGACCAGGCCGUCUCAGUCGCGAUUGCGCAGUUCUAGACAUAUCACGGGUGGUAAAUGAUUAUUCAAAAGACGGUAGAUGGGCGGUAAUAUUACUGGAAAGGGCAUUUCAAGGACGCUUUAUUCCCCCGGCUUGUUUCAUCGAGCGCGAAGACGUGUCUAGAGCGUCUUGGUUUUGGUUGGUUUGGUAGGCAUGUUAGAUGAAAGUGCAAUGAUUAGUAAAUUCUACGUAUUGUAAUGAAGACCAUGUUUCCC